UUGGUUCAUCAUCAUGGUGCUAAAGCUGAUCAACUCAAAUUAGAAGAUCUUAGUGAUCAAUCACUCCCACCGCAUACGCACCUAAAUGAGAAAGGAAUUGUUGUUUGUGAUUGGGGAUAUUUUGGAGAUGAACCAGCCACUUAUAGAGGAUGUUGGAAAUGUUUCAAAUCAUGUUUAGUUAAUGCUUUUUGCGAUUAUCCAGGUUAUUGUAAAUGUAGUCCCGGAUAUAUCGGUGAUGGCAUCACAAAAUGUUCUCCUCCUGUACCAGAUGUAAUCGGCUAUUACUCAAAUUCUAUCAGAUAUUUCAGAAAAGGCGAUAAACUUGCAUUUCGUUACAUGGGUGUUAUUGACCACGUUCAUAUCGAACGAGGAUUCUGUAAAAUCGGUAACAUUAUAAUUGAAGCAGAUUAUGCACGUAAUGGUGUGAUUAAUUGUACAAUACCAAUUGAUAUUACAAACGAGUUUGUUGCUUCAGUCUCUUUUGAUGCUGUUUCUUGGUCUCAACCAAUAUUAAUACCAAAUAUUCAAGAUAUCAGAUCUGAUCCAAGAAGAAACUUUUAUUUAUUGUUAAUUUCUUCUUUACUCUCUUUAAUUUUAGUUCUUAUCUACAUUCUAUACAUUAACACUCACAAAAACAGAAAGCUUGAAUAA